UCAAAUAAGGCCUAACCAUUGUGGUCGCUAAUUUGGAGCGGCUGGACGUGCGCUUGAUCUUGUUGGGCGCCGUUAUAGUCUCCCACCUUUGGGGUGGUCAAGUUUGUGGGGUCGACGCAGCCAACGGUCGUAACGGGAUUUACCAUGGAGAUGUGGCCACUUGGGGUCACAAAUCUGGAAUAAAGCUACCCAGUGAACGACAGCUGCGUCUUAUUGAUCCCGCUGGGGAGGCGAUUGGAGGUGGCGGCUACAGUUACGACCGACUCAUCAUCCAGGAGGUCCUGGAUUGGUCUCCACCUUCUAGUCUGCCUCGUCUGGAUAACAACCAUCCUGCAUUGGAGCGGUGAGAUCGCUCCGAGUGGUGGUUAAACAUUGAGUCAAUCACGUGCUGUUGCAGUGGAGAUCCCAAUCAGUGACGAGAUCCCAAUCAGUGACGAGAUCCCCUCAGUAAUAUCAGUGCUCUGCCUAUGGUCUGUUGAGGCACCAGCUUACAUGCAGUGUGACUCAUCCGUGGUAGCCUGAGUUACAAGGUGUUCAGUUCAAGUUGGACAUAUUGGGUUAGUUGGUGCUUGACCAGUUGCAGAGCUAGUGACUGAGCUCGGACAGUUGUGGCAGCUGACCUGAGUCGCGGCAGUGGUGUUGGGGAGUUAAGGUGGGCUGUGGAAGUUUCUUUAGUGAGGUUGGCUCCGUCGUGGGGUUGGAAGGGGACCUUUUUCAGUUGGGAAAACAGGGUCAGUGUUCCUGUUGUAUAAUGUUUGUGUAUGUUGUGUAAUAACUGUUGUCACUGUCAUUCUUUGCUCAAGCUUGGGCAUUAGACUGUACUUGAAUGAUCUUCACUCUUAUGUUACUAUUUCUUGAGCUGAUAAGUUUGUUCAUUUAAAUGAAUGUUAUUCGAAGCGUGUUAAUUUUAGUGCUGAUAAUGGCUACUAAGGAGGAUCCUCAGUUGGGAAGUCAGGACCCAGCCCUGGUUAGUCUAUCAGGGAGGGGGAGGGAGGACUUAUUCAAGCUGAGGGUCUCAGAGUUGCAAGGUCAGCUAGAGGCAAGAGGUUUGGACAGUACAGGGAAGAAGGCUGAGCUGGUAGAUCGCCUUUGUGUUGCCUUGGAUCCAGUGAGUUCUCUAACGGGGGUCGUUGCCCCCGAGGGCGCUGAUGGUGGGGAUGGGGCCCUUGGGGAGGAACUAAGGGAUGGUAGGUCUCAGGGAGGUGUCACUGAGUCUGUUCAGGUUAUUGUAGAGAGGUUAAGACUGAUCAGAGAGAAACAGAUGAUGGAUGAAGCACAGUCUAGGAUGAGAGCACGUUCAGAACAGAUAGACUUGGAGUUAAAACUCAUGGAAAUCACUGGUCGUCAGAUAGAUGAGUCAGUUUUGAGCUCAGUCAAAGUCACAGUUGGGAGGCAGGAGAGGGCAGAUAGUCUCACAGAGGCUGUUGUGUCCCAGACACAACGCGCUCUCCUUCCGCCCUCUGAAUUGAAACCAUUCUCUGGUGACAUAUGCGAGUUCAGGUUAUUCGUCAGAGCUUUUAAGGCCAGGGUAGAAUGUAGGACUGAGGAUGAGAACGAGCGGUUACAUUACUUGGACCAAUAUACUGUGGGGACCCCAAACAAGAUAGUGAGGGGGUGCAUGUUCUUGGAUACAGGUGGGUACACACGAGCUUUGGCAACGCUCGAGGAGCGGUACGGUAGCCGCCACAGACUUGUUCAUGAGUACACUAGGAAGAUGAGAGAGUGGCCAAAGGUUCAGUCUGAUGAUGUGAAGGGUCUGGAUAGGUUUGUGCUAUUUCUGAAGGAAGUCGAUAGCGCUGUGGCAGACUUGGGCCGCGAGUUUGAUCAUCCGCAGUUCAUCAGGGCGAUCUUGGGAAAGAUGCCUCCUGCUAUCCAUGAUAGGAUCUUGCGCCGGUGUGACACGUUCAUGGAGCUCGGUGGGAAGACAGCUCGACUGUCUGACCACGGUUCGAAUCAUCCCACCCUGCUGCACCGCAGUCCCAAUGACGUGCAGGAUGCCUGCAUGGUGGCGCCACCUGCGAGGCCGGUGGCAGCGCCGCCCAGCGGCCAAGCUCAGCCGGCUGGAGGUUCGCGGUCUUCCGUCGUCACUGCUAAUGCAAGGGUGGUGACGCGGGAGGGCCGGGCGCGGGUGUUCAUGCCGAUAGUGGCCGUCAAGGUACGUGGUUCAGGUGGCAGAACGGUGCUGUGUAAUGCGUUCCUGGAUGGGGGGAGCAGUGGCUGCUUUGCUACUGAGGAGCUCGCGGGUAAGUUAAGAUUACAGCCAGAGCAGACGACCAUCUCUGUCGACACCGUGUGUGGUGAGGGGCAGGUUAUCAGCUCGUCGGUUUUGGAGGGACUCGAAGUUUCCGCGAUCGAGGGACGUGACUGGCGCUCGCUACCGGUGGUGUUCACGCUGCCCAGAUUGCCAGUGAGCGGACAGGACAUGUUCUUGGAAGGUGACUUACCUGAUUGGCCUCAUCUGAAUGACAUCUUUCUCCCGCAGGUCUCUACUUCUGUAGAUCUUCUGAUAGGGAUUAACGCUCCGCACCUGCAUGUGGCGGAGGAGGUGAGGGUCCCUGAGAGCGGUAGCGGACCGCACGCUGUGCGCAGCCCGCUGGGGUGGUACGUCAUCGGAGCAGAGUUUCAUGAGAGAAUUCGCCGAUCGCAUUCGGUGAAUUUCAUUAGAACGAGCAGGAAGGCACAGAGUGAUGACACAGGCAACCUGUUCGAGCAGCUGUACGAGCAAGACUUUUCUGGUCUGGACGACGAUAGCGUAGGCUUAUCUGUAGAGGACAGGCUGUGGCUGGACCGUGUGAGGGCUACCGUCCGUAAGGACGAGGAGGGACACUUUGAGAUAGGUCUCCCUAGGUCUACCGUCACGAGUGUCCCGGACAGUCGCCCGGUCGCUGAGAAGCGACUGAUGUCGCUGAGGAGGAAGUUGAUGGGGGAUCCGAGUCUGUUUCAGUCUUACAGGGCCGUGAUGCAAUCUUUGGUGACGGAUGGCUACGCUGUGAGAGUGCCGCAGAGCGAGCUGACCGUUCCAUCAGGUGAUGUAUGGUACCUGCCGCAUCACGCGGUGGUGACUCCUAGCAAAGUCAGGGUAGUGUUCGAUUGUGCAGCGCGUGCGGGUGGAGUUUGUCUGAACGACAUUCUUCAGGGUGGUCCCCACCUGGGACAGCCUCUGAACGCUGUGAUCGCCCGGUUCAGGGAAGGUCGCAUAGCGUUUACCUGUGACAUAGAAGCGAUGUAUCAUAGGGUCCAUGUGCCGGCUGGGGACUGUGACUUGUUCCGUUUUCUGUGGUUUAAGGAUGACGAUCUGUCCGGUGACGUCGAAGUAUGGCGUAUGAGGUCACACGUUUUUGGGGCGGUGACGAGCAGCAGCGUGGCAUGCUUGGCAGUGCAGCUUUGUGCCGAGGAGGGGAAAGGUCAGUUCCCUGCUGCUGCUGACGCGUUGCAGCGCAGGACGUACGUUGAUGAUACGCUGGUGGCUGUAGAGUCUGUCGAGGAUGCCGUCUCCCUCGCGCGGGAUCUCACAGAACUCUGCCAGACCGGGGCGUUCCAUCUAAAGAAGUUUGCUAGUAACAGUGCUGAGUUCCUGCAGCACAUUCCCGAAGAUGAGAGGGGAAAGAGUGUCAAGGAUCUGAACCUGGCUGAGGGUGCGCUCGGUUCCAAUCGUGUUUUAGGUGUAGAGUGGGAUAUGGGAGAAGACGUUUUUCGUUUCCAUUUUCAGGAUAAGGAGACUCCGGUUACCAGGCGCGGAAUACUGUCCGCCGUGAGCGCCAUAUUCGACCCUUUGGGUUUCUGGGCUCCUGUGACUCUUUCAGCUAAGAUGCUCGUGCAGAAGCUCUGCGCGGCAUCGCUGGGCUGGGAUGAAGCCAUCCCGCCGGCUCUGGCAGGUGAGUGGGAAAGCUGGAUUCGACAAGCUAAGGGACUAGACGGGAUGCAACUGCCCCGAGCAGUUUGUGGUCCGAAAGGUAAGGUGAUUUCUACGGAGCUGCACAUAUUUGUGGACGCCAGUGAGUCCGCGUACUCCGCUGUGGCCUAUGUACGCAAGGAGGUCAUGACUGGGCCGAGUGAGGUGGAGGUGUACAUUGGUUUCCUGAUGGGAAAGUGUCGUUUGGCGCCGCUGCGCUUUGUGACUAUCCCGAGGUUGGAGUUGGCGGGUGGUGUCCUGGGCUGUCAAUUGCGUCAGUUCUUGGUUCGUGAGCUGGACACUAAGUUUGACAGGAUCCGCAUGUGGAGUGACAGCAUGGUGGUGCUGUCAUGCAUCUGCAACAGGAAGACGAGGUUCAAAACCUACGUGGCGAACCGCCUAUCGUACAUUCAUGGAGCCACUAACGUAUCUGACUGGUCUUACGUUCCUUCACGGGAUAAUCCUGCUGACGUCGGAUCCCGGGGUGCAGAGCCGCAUGGUCUUCAGGUGUGGCUACAGGGGCCUCUGUUCCUGCGUCAGGAUGAGUCUGGCUGGCCAGAAGAGCCAGCUGUGCAGUCUGAUCUCCCAGUGGCAGAGCUGAAGAAGCCCGUUCCUGUUGCAGCUGUGGUUAUCGGUGCGGCGGAUUCAAACAGCACCGAUGUGCUUAUCGGGCAUUACUCGAGCCUUUUUCGCCUGAAGAAGGCGGUCGCGUGGUUUAGGAAGUUCUUCGAUUGUGUCAGAUCUGGGGCUUUCAGGCAGGCCGUGGUGGCCAGGAGGCGAGGACUCCGACCGAGGUCUGUUGGAAUCGACUCGCGUCUCACUGUGUUUGAUUUGGACGCGGCUGAAGUCGCUAUUUUCCGGUUCGUGCAGACAUCGAGCUUCCCUGAGCUGUAUCAUGACGGUAAAGGGAUGGUGACCGUUCCCAAAGGCAGCCCACUGAGUCGUCUGAACGUGGUGGCUCGGGGGAAUGGUUUGUUAGCCGUGGGAGGGCGCCUGAGUAGGUGUCCGGUGAGUCACGACUUCAAGCAUCCCGUGCUGCUCCCACGGGAUCAUCAUGUUUCUCAGUUGGUGAUCCGUCAGGCCCACGAGAAAGUGGGACACCAGGGACGGGAGCAUACCCUCUGGAAGGUGCGAGAGCGUUUCUGGAUCUUGGGAGGAGGAUCUGCAGUUCGAAGUCUGCUGCGUUCUUGUGUGACGUGUAGAAAGUCUAAUUCUGCUCCGCAGGUUCAGAUGAUGGCCGACUUGCCGGAGGACAGGGUUACUCCGGAGACCCCCGCCUUUUCCUCCAUCGGUCUGGACGUGUUCGGGCCAAUUAUAGUGAAGAGGGGGCGCCUGGAGGUGAAGCGUUACGGGCUGAUAUGUACGUGUUUGGUGUCGAGGGCCAUCCACUUGGAAGUUCUCCACUCACUGCGGACUGACUCGCUGAUAAACGCGCUUCGUCGUGUUGUCGCUCGUAGAGGUCCGAUUAAAAGAGUCAGAAGCGAUAUGGGCACUAACAUGGUGGGAGCGGACAAUGAUUUGAAGGCAGAGAUAUCUCGACUUGAUCGAAGGAAGUUGCAACAGGUAGGACUCGCUGAGGGGAUUGAAUGGGUGUUUAAUCCUCCUUCAGCGUCGCACUUCGGUGGCUGCUGGGAGCGCCAUAUUAGGACUGUUCGGAAGGUGUGGAGGUCAAUGCCUGUCCAGAGAUUAGACGACGAGAGUUUACAUACUCUUUUCUGUGAGAUAGAGUCUGUGCUGAAUAGUCGUCCAUUGACGUAUGUUUCGACCAGCCAGGGUGAUGUUGAACCACUCACCCCCAAUCAUCUCCUGCUCCUGCGGGGAUGUGGAGAGGGUGUCGUGGGCCAGUUCACGGCUGACGACUUGUUGUCCGUCAAAAGAUGGAAACAGGUGCAGUACCUGGCAGAGCAGUUUUGGCUGAGGUGGAGGAGAGACUAUCUGCCGACUCUCCAGCGGCGACAGCGAUGGGUCCACCGAUCCAGGAAUGUGGAGCCCGGGGAUGUGGUCCUGAUUGCAGACGAGGAGGUGCCGAGAGGCCACUGGGCUCUCGGUAGAGUUCUGGAAACCUAUCCGAGCAGAGACGGAUUGGUGAGAAAGGUCCGGCUCAGGACGGGGGGCACGGUACUAACGAGGCCAGUACAUAAACUGAUAGUUCUGUUAUCUGACAGUGCUCUCCCCUAGAUUGUAGAUGCGUGCAUUCAACGUACAGUUACAUGAGUGCUGCAACGUAGAGUAGCUUUAGAGUAAGUAUUAAGUGUAAGUGCCAGUUAGCGUAAGUAAAGACCUGACACCUCCCUGAUCUUUGAUCAAGUAGUGAUCUGCCAUGGCGGUUGUGAGCGGCGCUGUACUAGUUGUCCACGGGGUGGGGGGUGGCCAAGGGGGAGUGUAGGCGCCGCCGGGAAUUAAUGUUUUUUUUUGUUCGCUGGGUGGUUCGUUCAGUUGGUGUUUCCGGGAGUUGAGUUGGAAUUGAAUGGAAGUAGAACGUCAUCAGUGGAUCCUCCUUAGUAACAGUCAGCUGGGCGCUGCGUCGCUCCGGUCAUGUCCGCGGUGAAAGUUUGCAGCUUUACUGCUGGAAGGCUCGUAUUCUGUCAUCUCUAGUGGUGAGUUUGUAGUAAUUAUUGGUUAAAGGCCCAUGUGCGAAAGAGAUUGGCCGUGUAUUUACCACAGUAUUUUGCGUAUGAUAUUUUGAGUGAUGUUGUGUUUUACAUAAAUUGCGUAUUUGUUGGCGUUCUCGUUCCUGAAUAUUAAAGUGAUGAUGGUGCUGCGCCGCCAUGUUUGGUUCAUUCCUCGGUUCGAGUGGCGCAGAGGCGCAUGCUGUUCGCUGUGGUUUUCGGUGGCCUAGAUUUCGCUGUGAAGUUGGAGCAGCUUAGUCUGAGUUUGACUGAUUUGGUGUCAAAUAAGGCCUAACCAUUGUGGUCGCUAAUUUGGAGCGGCUGGACGUGCGCUUGAUCUUGUUGGGCGCCGUUAUAGUCUCCCACCUUUGGGGUGGUCAAGUUUGUGGGGUCGACGCAGCCAACGGUCGUAACGGGAUUUACCAUGGAGAUGUGGCCACUUGGGGUCACAAAUCUGGAAUAAAGCUACCCAGUGAAC